AUGUGGGUGUGCGUCGCUGACUUUUCCGAUACGAGACUGAGUUUAACUGGUUUUUGCCGUUUCUCUGCAGGAGAUGGUCAACAAAUUGAGGAGGGUGCAGCCGUUGGCGGAGAAAAUACUCGUGCAACUGCUGAGGGUGGGGGAGAUGGUUCAACUCCAUUCAAUGACGAGGAAGACUUCUCCAAUAUCCCUAUUCUAAAUCAAAAUGAUGUUGUAGGAGACGGUCAACAAGUUGAGGUGGGUGCAGCCGUUGGCGAAGAAAAUACUUGUGCAACUACUGAAGGAGAUGGUCAACAAAUUGAGGAGGGUGCAGCCGUUGGCGGAGAAAAUACUCGUGCAACUGCUGAGGGUGGUGGAGAUGGUUCAACUCCAUUCAAUGUAUGGUUUUUGAAUUUUACUUUUGAUGUAAGUUAUUGUAGGGUAACUGUUAAUAAUGCAUCAAACAAGAAAGCAACUUUGAUCAAGGUAGAUAGUGCAAAUAAGAGAGGAAGUGUAUUGGAGGUGGUUCAGGUUCUUACUGAUCUAAACGUGAUAAUCAGGAGGGCUUACAUUUCUUCAGAUUGGGAAUGGUUUAUGGAUGUUUUCCAUGUAACUGAUCAACAAGGAAAUAAGGUCUCCGAAGAUAACAUUGCCGAGUGCAUUCAACAGUGGACAACUGCAAUGCAGACAACCUCAUAG